AUGCAUCCUCCGCGAUUCCGGCCGGGAACAUAUUCGGUUUCAUCUCCCGAGAUUUGCGUAUGGAAUUCCUACUGCACCGCUUCUUCUCCACCGCUUCUGCAACGGCAUGCUCAUGUUCUCUCCGGGAAUCUGUGUAUACCAGCCCGGACCUCUUCUUCCGUUGUCCAGGCGAAUUCGUGUGUUCGUCGAGUCGCCUCACUGCCUUCAGCUCGGCUCCGUCGUUUGACGGGAAGCGGGAGAGUAAUUUCGGGUAAAUGCAGACCAGUGUUUCUCCUAACAAUCACGUGUGAUAGGAUGCGUCUCCGCUUUUCGCGUGUCCACCUCAACUACGGUCCCAAUACCCAGACUUGCUAAUUUUCGAAGCAUGUUGGAGAAGGAAAUGGACUGAUUGUUUGCCUCGUCGUUGUGCGCUCUGCCCUUGGAGAUGAUCACGGCACUCACCCAGAUGCUAUGGAUAUGGCCGUUGAACACAAGUAAUCUGGUGAGCCAGAGGAACGAAAUGAUGAUACGUGUUUCUUGCAAUCGAUAUCCAAGUGGGAGUGCGGUUGUGGUUUGCUCGAGAAGCCAAAAACAUCGCUGACCGCUCCUAUAGGACGAUUUCUGUACUGCCAAAGGCAAUCCUGAACCUCUGCUGCACGGUCCCGAUAAGGUGGGACAUCCUUGGCGAAUAUAGCCGAUAGAUGGACGAUAUAAUCUGGACGUCUACUCCGCGCAAGUUGGCGAG